AUGGCCACUGUUCCUACCACCGAAUCCAUACCUCACGAGAAAGGCGAUGCUAUCGAGAAUGGACAUUCUGUAUCUUCGCAGAGUCCACCGCCCGGAACACGCACGGGUCCUGAGACCGAGAAGCCGAAGCUCAAUUUUGGCCAGAAAUGUCUGAGGGAGCUCAAGACUCCUGGUUCCGCCAUUCAGAUCAUUCUUGCCGCAAUCCUUGGUAUUGCGAUCGGAAUCGCUGUCAGUUCGACUACGACCGAUAUUCCUGAAGCGGCCCCAACGAUCUUGGAGAUUCCUGGAAUGCUUUGGCUGCGAGCCCUGAGGGCAACGGUACUCCCCCUCAUCGUCACUGCUAUCAUCUUGGCCGUGCAAAACCUGAAGGACAUGUCCGAAGGCGGCUCCAAGCUCGUAAAGUGGACCAUCGGAUACUAUGUUCUCACCACAAUUUUCGCCGUAGUCCACAGCAUGAUCCUCAUGGACUUGGUCUGGUCAAACUUGAUGGUAGUCGCCGACGCCGAGAGUCUACAAGUCGACUCAGAUCAACAGGAGACGAUCGACGAGAACUCCGGCAAUGCUCCACACGAUAUUGUGGUCUCAGUCUUCACAUCGUUCAUUCCUCAGAACAUCUUCCAGGCGUUGGCCGAGGAUCAGCUACUGGGCGUGCUCGUCACCGCUGUGGUUGUUGGCUGCUUGCUCAAGAGAGACUCUGCACUUCUCAGGGCCGUCAAGGAAAUCGACAAGAUGGUCUUCAUUGUCAUCAGCUUUCUCAUCAAGCUGGCUCCGAUCGGUGUCUUCUUCCUCAUCCUUGCCAAUCUGCUGACCCUGCCUAUCUCGGACAUUGGCAUUAAUCUGGGCGUCCUUCUUGGCUCCUCUAUCGCAGGCAUGUUCAUCCACUUGUUCAUCUUCCUGCCGAUCAUUUUCUUCUGCUUCACCCGCGAGAAUCCGUUCACCAUCUGGAUGAAGUGCUCUCCUGCUUGGAUCACUGCUUGGGGUUCGGCUUCAUCGGCUGCCACUCUCCCCGUGACCAUGAGAUGUCUGAGGAAACAGAAGAUCGCAGAGCCGAUUGUGCAAUUCACUGCUCCGUUGGGUGCUUUGAUCAACAUGGACGGGACGGCCAUUUACUUCCCAUGCGUCGUAGUCUUCCUCGCAAUAACCCAAGGGAUGACUUUGAACGCAGGCGACUACACGCUCAUCGUCCUCCUCGCGGUCCUGUCAUCCAUCGCGACAACACCGAUCCCAUCAUCCUCGCUAGUCCUCACAAUCAUGAUUGCGAACUCAGUGGGCAUCCCGAUCACAGGAAUGUACGCCGUCGUUGUCGCCAUAGACUGGUUCAUCGAUCGGUUCAGGACUGCGGUGAAUGUCAGCGGAGAUGUAUUUGCAGCUCGUAUCCUAGAGAAGAUGUCAGGGAUCACGGACGAAUCGGUCAGUCCGGGAGGACGGGAGCAGCAGAUCUUGGAUCGUAUGGUGAUGAGCGAUAAUCAAGCGACUCCGGAGAAUGCGGAUAUCAUCACGCCGGUGAAGGCGUGA